AUGGCUGAGUCGUAUCCAACUUUGACGCAGUGCGCGCUGGUGGCCGCCGCGUUCAAGGUGCUCCUGUUCCCGGCCUACAAAUCGACCGACUUCGAGGUUCACCGAAAUUGGCUCGCCAUCACCAACAGCCUCCCCUUGUCGCAGUGGUACUACGAGAACACCUCAGAAUGGACCCUCGACUACCCUCCCUUCUUCGCCUACUUCGAGUGGGUUCUGGCCCAUCUCGCGCGACUGGUAGACCCGGCCAUGGUGCGGAUAAUCAACCUCAACUACGAUAGCUGGGAGACUGUCUACUUUCAGAGAUUCUCUGUCAUUAUAACGGAGAUUAUCUUGGUGUAUGCUCUGCAAAUGUUCAUCGACUCCUCGUCCUUGCCCACAAGAAGAGCUGCCCAGGCCGCUGCGCUGUCUGUCAUUUUGUCGCCUGGACUGCUCAUCAUCGAUCAUAUCCACUUCCAGUAUAAUGGCGCCAUGUACGGUCUCCUCGUGGCAUCUUUGGUCUUGGCGCGCUGCAAGUCUACGUUGCUGCAGAGUGGCUUGCUCUUUGGCGCGCUGCUGUGCUUUAAGCACAUCUACUCUUACCUUGGGCCGGCUUACUUUGUCUUUCUUCUGAGGACAUACUGCCUGUCAUCGAGAUCCAUCUUCCGAAUAAAGUUUCUUAACUGCGUCAAGCUUGGACUUGGACUUGGAGGAAUAUUCGCGGCUGCUUUUGGGCCGUUUGCUCUGAUGGGACAGAUUCCCCAAGUUCUCAGCCGCCUAUUUCCAUUUUCGCGUGGUUUGUGCCAUGCCUACUGGGCACCGAAUGUCUGGGCGCUCUAUUCCCUGGCUGACCGGGUUCUGAUUUACUUUGCACCAAAGCUGGGGUUACCAAUAAAUGCCGAAGCUUUAAAUAGCGUCACUCGUGGCUUGGUCGGCGAUACUGCCUUUGCGGUCCUGCCUGAGAUUAGCCCUAGGACAUGUCUGGUCUUGACGGUACUGUCUCAAGCUCUCCCCCUGAUCAAGCUCUUCAGACGGCCUACCUGGGAAAAUUUCAUCGGAGCUGUGACACUAUGCGGAUACUCGUCGUUCCUUUUCAGCUGGCAUGUGCAUGAAAAGGCAAUUCUCUUGGUCAUCAUUCCCUUUAGUCUGAUUGCCUUGACGGAUCGACGACACCUCAGUGCAUUCCGACCACUGAUUGUCGCGGGCCAUGUAUCGCUGUUCCCACUGCUUUUCACUCCCGCAGAGUUUCCGAUCAAGACGAUAUAUACGGUCUUCUGGUUGGUGCUGUUCCUCAUUGCCUUUGAUCGCCUGGCACCGGCAUCGAACAAGCCGCGAGUUUUCCUCUUGGACCGAUUUAGCACGAUUUACAUUGCAAUCAGCAUCCCUCUCAUUGCGUAUACGUCACUGUUUCACCAAAUCAUAUUUGGAAAGCGACUAGAGUUCCUCCCCUUGAUGUUUACGAGUUCCUACGCGGCGAUAGGAGUGGUCGGCAGCUGGGUGGGAUAUAUGGUUGUGUAUUAUACGUCAUGA